AUGAAACGAACUGUGACUACGGCACAGAAUAAAAGCAAUGAAGAUGAGGAGACAAGUACGGCUGCAUUAUUAGGAUCACAAAAAGCUGCGGGUGCAAUUAGAACAAAUAAUGAUAGUAGCAUUAGUAAGGAUAAUAAUGGCAACAAGAAGUCGAUUAGUACUGCCAGAAAUGGUAAUAAUAAUAAUAAUACUGGAAAGCAGUCCUCGAAAAGCUUGUCGGGUACGACUGCUACUCCCCAGUCGCCUGAAACUGGCGGCUCAUCGUCUUCAACGAAACGCAUCUCGUCAACCAAGACAGCAGCUGCUAGUCAGCAAUACGGUUCGGGUGGAGGCACCACUGGAUCGACGACGACCGGAGGAGGAACGGCGUCGAGACGUGGUGCUAGAGGUGCGAGAAAAUCUCGUGUAGCCGCUAAAUUCAAUUGA